GUUCCCUGCGCUCGCAAUAGAGCGAGCAGAGCUACACUUGUGCAAUCACCACCACCAACAACAUCUCUCUACUGAUCCAGAGACAAUAACACUUCACAGAAAUCAAUCACAAAACAGUCGACAAUUCAUCCUCGUGAAGAGACAUCAGCGCGGUGCUUCAUCGCGCGCUUUGGAUACAAUUUCAAAGGGAUUGAGAUCUCUUUCUGCCGCUUUUAGAGAGAUUUCAGAAGACUGGAGAUUGAUCGGGACGGAACACCUGUGCGUGCUCAUUAAUGACAGACUGAAUAACUGCUAUGACAGGUAAACUAGCGGACAAGAUCCCUAUUACCAUGAGCAGUUUAAUCAACACCAUACCUGACAGUCUCUAUCCAGAAGAAGACAUUCCCACUUCUAUGAACAUUUUCACAAACCCGGACUCCAUUUCGCACUACUCGCAGAUGAAUACAGAUAAUAUCAUGGACUUGGGGAUGGGCGGCGAGAAGAACAGCGGAGAAAUCCAAUAUGGCUCUGGGAGUUUCCAGUCCGGUCGAAGCGGACAAACCGUCACCUACCUGGGCAAGUUUGCGUUCGACACCCCUCCAUCAGGCAGCAUCGGAGGCUCGGGCUGGUGUCCCGACAACAACAUCAUCAGCCUGGUGAGUGCAGGAAUCCUGGGGGUGUCACCGUCACCUGGCAACAUCACUACCCAGACGUCUUCGUCGGGCGGCAGCAUGGGCGGACAGUCGUCAGACAUGGAGCAGGUUUACGCGCCACCCCUUCCUGCCUACUCGACUUGUGGAGAGAUAUACCCAGAACAGGUGGCGUUCCACCACAGCCCGGCCACGUCCUCAUCUUUGCCCUACCCGGGCUCCGACUACCACACCACCUCCAAACCGGGCAUGGACGGAAGUCUCUUUUCCAUGAUCCCAGACUACAACCUCUUCCACCACCAGGGAGACGUAGGGGUAAUGGAGCAUAAACCCUUCCAAACCAUGGACCCUAUUAGAGUGAACCCACCUCCCAUAACUCCCCUCGAGACCAUUCGAGCCUUUAAGGAUAAGCAACAGAUCCAUCCCGGCUUUCUCGGUGGGCAACAGCACGUUUCCCAACACCAUCAACCCUCUCAGACACUUGCUCUCAAACCCAUUCGACCAAGAAAGUACCCUAACCGGCCAAGCAAAACUCCCGUCCACGAGCGACCGCACGCCUGUCCGGCGGAAAACUGCGACCGCCGCUUUUCGAGAUCAGACGAGUUGACGCGCCACCUGCGCAUCCACACGGGACACAAACCCUUCCAGUGCCGCAUCUGCAUGCGGUCCUUCAGUCGCAGCGACCACCUAACGACGCACAUCCGUACGCACACCGGCGAGAAGCCGUUCUCGUGCGAGUUCUGCGGACGCAAGUUCGCAAGGAGCGACGAGCGAAAGAGGCACGCCAAGGUGCACCUGAAACAGAAGGACAAGAAACCCACGGACAAGGGCAGUAGCGCUGGGGCCGGGGGGAGCCACACUUCUCCUCCCAGUUCCUGUGGGAGCGCGGGACCCAGCAGUGCCAAUAUCAUGACCGUCACCACUUGUGCAUGAGAUGGACUUGCAAAGUAAGACUGCGAGGAGAAUAAAAUGGUUUCUUUCUCCUCUUACAUACACUUGACUCUUAUACUCUCACAAUAUCCAUCCGUUUGCUACGGUUUUCAUUGAUCAUGGUGGCAUGUUUCUGUAGCCACUAUUGUUUUAGGUCAAACGAGUGGGGAAUGAGUGGACUAGUGUUGCGUGGAUAGGAAGGAGAGGGCGUCAAAGAUGAUGGUUGAAGCAGUCAGGGCAAUCCACAGAAAGAGCACUUACAGAUGCAGCGCAGUCAGAAGGGUUCAACUCUCAGCUCUGGGGACCGGAGCAAUCUCUUGAGAAAUUUUAGUCUUUUCAUUUUUUUACAUUUUUUUUUUUUCUUGUAUAUUGGUUUGUCAGAUAAAAGUGCACUUUCAUUUGCUUAAUGUUUUGCAGUCUUUUUUAAAUGAUUGUUAAUUAUUUAAUGUUUCUGUGUUAUUGUUGUUGUUUUUCAACAGAAUGUGCCAAAUGUAUUUAAAUACAGCAAAAAAAAUAUUGUUUGUAUUAACCUAAUAACUUCAUUGAUUUGGGGAAAGCCUAUGAGCUUUGAAGGCUCAAGGAGACUGAGUUUCAGGUGGACUUUAAAAGUCUGUUGCAUUAUCUUAAUAUUUGGAAAUCCCUUCUGUACAAUUAAGGGAUGCGGAUGCCGUUUGUUAUCAGUAACGGACUUUCAGUGCAAUAAAAAAGAAAAACAACAACAACAACAACAACAAUAAAAUAGUCUGGCUCACUUUCACAAGUUUACUUUCUAGGGAUGAAAUUAAGACACAGCUGUGGCCUUUCGCUUAAUUUAGUGCGCAAAAGGGCCAAACCUGUAGUUCUGUUGUAAUCCGAUCCAAACAUUUUGCCUUUCUGUUUUUGCUGCCUGUAUCCCUGCAUGCAUCUAGUAUCAUGUCUUUGCUAGUACUGAAAAGAUUGGAAAGACCCACAGCAAUAUGCAUCCAAUUCGAACCAUGCAGACUGUCAAUGAGAGUUAACACUUUAUUUUUAUGUGAAAAUUGUCCUUUUGUUGUCCUUAUUGUCAUUGUUUUACUGGACAUUUGUGUUUCCUGCUUUCAUCAUCCAAUAUUUUUCAUCGGGUCCCUUUUUAUGCACAUUAUAUAUUCAGCACGCAUUUGAACACACGGUUUUCAAAAACGAAAUCAGCCAAAAUUAUGGUAAUGCUUGCCUGUGAGCAUCACCACUGGGCAGGAUUGAUCUUCGGAGUCAUUGUUUUGCAUUUUUACCGGCUGAGGCCUGCCUGCUAUAUGCAUGCCAUUCAAGAUGUUUUUGGAUGGGUACAGUUUCGACAUUUAUACUGCUCUCAGGGGCAGCACCGUAAUGUGGUAUCUCCACGGUUACUCAUAUCUGGAUCAUGCCUAGAGAUUCUGAAUAUUAACGAUGAGAACGAGAGGGGGUUUUGUACAGAUAAUUAUACAAACAUAUUACUACAUGUUUUCUACUUGGAAUGUACAAAGCAAUGUCUUUCAGUAUUACAAUUGUUUGUCUGUGCUUGUGUGUGUGUGUGUGUGUGUGUGUGUGUGUGUGUGUGUAUGCUAAUACUUAGAUUUUCCAUUGACUGAAUGUUGAAACAAAGGGUGUUUACAUUUUUUUUUUCUUCUGUUUUUGAGAUUGUGACUGUGUACAUAGUGCAGAAUAUGCAGUUGUUUUUUUUUUAAGUGUGUGUGUGUGUGUGUGUGUGUGUGUGUGUGUGUGUGUGUGCGUGCAGGAAAACUCGAGUAUUGACAGUGUCAAAUGUGAUGCAUUCUUCAGAAUUUCUUUAAAGUCUCAAAUAUUAACUGUUAUUAAUGCAACAUUGCAAAUGAUGACUUGCGGACACACUGAAUGAUGUGUUUAAUAAAUGAAUAAACAGUAAGAUUAUUUGGUGAAAAAAAGCAAAGCAAAACCUGUGUAUCUCAUUACCUUAUAAGCAAACUAUGCAUACAAAACAAAUCAUUUGAUAUGUAACACUACCAUUUAGUUUACUACAGUUAUGUUUAACAAAUGUAAAAUUAAAAAUCACACACCUCACUUGGCUUACAUUCUCACACACAAAAAAAAUUAAAAUCUUCCAUGUCA